CUGAGAAUGCCUCCCAAGUGUUGAGAAAAGUCAGGACAGUGAGGUGUUCAUGACCUCUUGAUUGACUAAUCCCAUAAUUUCUUCAAGUUUUACCUCACUUCCAAAAACAUUCUACUGCCUGCUUGCAAAACGGCGGCAGCCAUUACCAUAAUCAUCCUCUACAACAACACACAUAGCAAAUCACUCACACCACUAAAUGACAGGCUCCCCAGAAUUGGGCGAGCCCGCGCUCGACAUUGACCGCCACCUCAAAUACUGGAAGAUGUGCCUCCAGGCACCCCUGCCCAUCCACUACCUCUCCAACGACGGGAACCGCAUGGCCCUGGCUUACUUCAUCAUCAACUCCAUCGCCAUCCUCUCCCCUCCCUCAGCCAGCACUCAGCAUCACCCAGUAUCACCCGACAGCAGUACCAACACUACUCCCCAACAACAACACACAACCCCGCAAAGAAAACCCCUGAUCCCCCCAGAAGACCGCAGCAAACUCCGCCGAUGGGUCCUCUCCCACCAGCAGCCAGGCGGCGGUUUCGCCUCCACCCCGACCCUUCUCUUCCCCAUGAAGAAGGGUCACGAGACGGACACGGAGGAAGAGGACCGGGAAGGGGCGGGCUCGGCGGGGCUGGCGAACCUGCCCGCGACAUUAUUCGCGCUGCAGCUGCUUGCGCUGCUGGCGGACGAGCACAACGAGGCCGGCGCGUUUGCGGGCGUGGACAGGGUGCAAACACUGCGGUGGCUGAGGAGGUUGCAGCGGGAGGAUGGGAGUUUUGGGGAGGUGUUGAAGCAGAUGCCGGGUGUGGGGUGGUUUAUUGGGGGUGGGUAUGACAUGCGGUAUUGUUAUAUUGCGGCGUCGAUACGGUGGAUGUUGAGGGGGGAUGUGAGCGAGGGAGAGCCCGGGUGGGUGGAGGAUUUUGAUACCGAAGCGUUGGCAAAGUAUAUUUUAAGAAGCCAGACCUACGACGGCGGCUUUGCGGGCAGUUCGGCCGAGGAGCCUCACGCCGGCUACGCCUACUGUGCAAUCGGCGCCCUCUCCCUGCUGGACCGGCCCCUCUACAACAGCACCGCCGCCCACCCCAGCGCAGUCCUCCACUCGGGCAUCCGUAACAUGCCCGGUCUGAUCCACUGGCUGGCCUCGCGCCAGUUCGUCUACCUGGAGCCACCCGCUCUCGAUGAAGAGGAGGAAGGGGAAGAAGAAGACAACUUCCUGCUCCCGCAACGGCUCGCAGACCUCACGCUCUCCGAAGAUUACCGCCAUGUGGCCUGCAACGGCCGCUGCAACAAGGUCGCAGAUACCUGCUACACCUGGUGGGUCGGCGCGGCGCUGGCCAACCUUGGGCAGAAGCACUUGCUUGACUGGAGGUCCUCGCGGCGGUUCCUGCUCGAAAAGAUGGCCCACCGCAUCGGCGGGUUCGGUAAGCACGCAGGCGAUCCGCCCGACGUGUACCAUGCGUGCUUUGGCCUGACGGCGUUGGCCGUCAUGGGUGAGCCUGGGCUGAGCGAGGUGGACAGCGCGUUGGCCGUGCCGGUGAGGACUGUGAGAGUGAUUGAGAAAGCCCGGGCGGCGUCGGUGGAGAGGGCUAUGGACGAGAGAAGGAGGUUGGUCACUGGAGCGCUGGAGAUGGGGCUGGCGAUGAGGGGGACGAAACCGGCUUGGUUGAGUGCUGUUGGGGGUUAACAUCCUACAGAAACUGGCUAGUUGCCUUCGCUAACCCGAAUUGCGAUAUCUGAUCGAAACAAAGUUAGGGUAUCGAUCUUUAAGCCUCCACAACAUGCUUGAUCAGCC